ACGGCCCGGAAGUGAUUCCCGAAGCACCGGCCUCGUGCGUUCGCGGCUUGGGCGCUGCGUUGCCGCGGUCGCUGCCAUGACUAAAAUAAAAGCAGAUCCCGACGGGCCGGAGGCUCAGGCGGACGCGUGCUGCGGGGAGCGCACUUACCAUGAGCUGCUGGUGAACCUGAACCCCAUCGCGCAGCCUCUGGCUUCUCGCCGCCUCACGCGGAAGCUCUACAAAUGCAUCAAGAAAGCCGUGAAGCAGAAGCAGAUACGGCGCGGGGUCAAGGAGGUUCAGAAAUUUAUCAACAAAGGCGAGAAAGGGAUCAUGGUUUUGGCAGGAGACACACUACCCAUUGAGGUAUACUGCCACCUCCCAGUUAUGUGUGAAGACCGGAACUUGCCCUACGUCUACAUCCCAUCUAAGACGGACCUGGGUGCAGCUGCCGGCUCCAAGCGCCCCACCUGCGUGAUAAUGGUCAAGCCCCACGAGGACUAUCAGGAGGCCUAUGAUGAGUGCCUGGAGGAGGUGCAGGCCCUGCCCCCGCCCAUGUGAAGGACUUAGGCAGCAACCUGGGCACCUGCUCCAGAAGCUGCUGGAUUGGCAGCAAGCCAGCUGGCUGCCCUGCUGCUGCCCACAUUCACGGCAUCUCCAUGGUCCCCCGAGGCACGUAUUCUUCCCAGGCAGCUCCAGCAGCUCCUUCACAACGGCAAAGCCCGCAUCUGCUCCAUCAGUGCUAUUUCCUGUUGAGCUUCAGUGAAGACAGUUCCAAUAAUGAUGUGGGGGGAGUAAAUGUGAAAACCAAA